AGACUCUUGUUUCUCUCUCAUCAAUUCCCAAUUCACCAAUAUUGUUCGUCAAAAAUGUCAUAUAUAUAUGUGUCGUGAUUGAACCCAUGAUCAAUCACGCCACCUAAUUUUCCCAAACCCCUAAUUUUCCACUCUUGUGUUUUUGGGGGUGAGAACGAUGGAGGGCGAUAGAAUUGAGGAGGUGAGAUUGGUACAUUCACCGGUAGAUGAAAUUUCGCAUUUGGCUCUUGAUAUCGGAGGUUCCCUCAUCAAGAUGGUGUAUUUCUCUACUAGCAGAGAACAGCCUAUAGAUAAAACACAAAUUAAUGCUUCAAGAGAUAGUCAUGCAGUGUCCAGGAGCAGCAAAGAUGGACAUCUUCUCAAUGGAAGGCUCUACUUUUUAAAGUUUGAAACAAGCAAGAUCAAUGAGUGUUUGGAUUUUAUUUCAUCAAAGCAACUUCACUAUAGAGGUCUUCAGCAUUGUGGUUUCCCAGCCAGCGACAAGAAUAUCAUUAAGGCCACAGGUGGAGGGGCAUUUAAAUUUGCAGAUCUAUUUAAAGAAAAGCUUGGUAUUAGUCUUGACAAGGUAGAAGAAAUGAGCAGCCUUGUAUCUGGAGCAAAUUUUCUGUUAAAGGCAGUGCCAUCUGAAGCUUUCACGUACGUGAAUGGCCAGAGGAACUAUGUGCAGAUUGAUCACAAUGAUCUAUAUCCAUAUCUCCUUGUUAAUAUUGGAUCUGGUGUAAGCAUGAUCAAGGUUGAUGGAGAUGGCAAGUAUGAACGAGUCAGUGGAACAAGUGUAGGUGGGGGCACGUUUUGGGGUUUGGGAAAGCUUUUAACAAAGUGCAAAAGUUUUGAUGAUUUGCUAGAGAUGAGUCAUCAGGGAAACAAUAGAGUGAUUGAUAUGCUUGUUGGUGAUAUUUAUGGUGGAAUGGACUACCUAAAGAUCGGCCUUUCAUCUACAGCGAUCGCAUCUAGCUUUGGCAAGGCGGUUUCAGAAAACCGAGAACUCGAAGAGUACAGGCCUGAAGAUGUGGCAAGGUCACUCUUAAGGAUGAUCUCCAACAAUAUAGGACAGAUUGCGUACUUUUCUUUUUCAGAUUGCGUACUUGAAUGCACUUCGAUUUGGUCUCAAGAAAAUAUUCUUUGGGGGAUUUUUCAUACGUGGUCAUGCUUACACCAUGGACACAAUAUCUGUGGCGGUUGAUUUCUGGUCCAAAGGUGAGGCGAAAGCAAUGUUUCUGAGACACGAGGGAUUCCUCGGGGCGUUGGGAGCAUUCAUGAACUAUCAACUCGUUGAAGAAUUCCCCGAUACCAUUCAUCUCGCAGGAGAAAAAAACCGCAACCCGCUUGUCGGAGAUUUGAACGAUAAUGGAGUUAUAGAAUGUUGUGUACAGGCCAGGCCAGCAGUUGAAGAUUGAUCACGAAACACAAUUCAAUGUUGUUUAUUAUCUUUAACAAAUAUCAAAAGCAAUUCUAGUAGGAUGAUUUUAAAUGAACCCCACGAUAUGCUAUUUGAACCCUCUUAUAAAUUUCUAAAACAUUAAAUCUUUAUAUUUUCGAAGCUUUGAUUUGACCUAAAAAGGGGGGUUCAAAUAGCAACAUCUUUCUGGCAUGUAGAGAGGCCGAGUUGAAGCAUUUAUGUUAUUGUAUUUGAUCAUUUAUGUAUGUUUUAAUCAAUACAAGUUGAUGUACAUUUAUGCAGUCGGGAAAUAUUCAACGAUAGCAACGUUGAC